AAUGAUUGAACAUGAUUAAUCAAUAGCACUUCAAUAGACUAUAUUUCGAAAUGGUGUUUCUGCAAUACCUUCACUAGUAAAAAAGAAUAGUAUGGGUUUGGCAUUAGAAAAUAUUCCUAGAACAUAAACAUUUUCAAGACAAAUGCAAUAAUCAUGUCAUAAUGAUAGUGUCUAAUAAUCUAGAACUCCAACAAUGAGAAAUGAUUCAUUUUAUGGUAAUAUUUUUAAGAAACCAUCUAUUAUAAAAAAACCCCCUUUUGUUUUAACAAAACCUGAUAAUGAUUAUACAUGGCCCCUUUUUAAAAUAAAAAAUGAUCCUCUAAUAAAAUAAUUUUGGGAUAGAAGAGCUUAUAAGGAUUUAGAAAAGAAUUGGAUAUUUAAUGAAUACAUGUUUGCUAAUAAUAUGUUAAGAAUAGGGAAAAAGAAAAAAAUUGUAAAAGGUUAUUUUUAUAGAUUAACUAAUUCUGGAUUACUAAUGUAUUAUAAAAAGGUAUGGUAAUAAUUAAAUUAAAGGAAUCCGACACAUUACCAAAAGGUUUCUUGUAAUUGAAUAUGAAAAUAAGAAUAGUUGUAAGUUUUCAAAAGACAAAAAGAAAUUUACAAUUGCCUAUAUUGUAUUUAGAAAAGAGUUAAGGUAUUGGGAUAACAAUAUUUGAUCACUUAAUUGAUUAGACCUUAAAAUUAGGAGAGUGCAUAUAAUAAUUUUGUUUGAUGAGAGGGUUUGCUGUUUUAUAUGAAUAACUAGAAUUAUUGGGAAGUGGAGCUUUUGCUUCAGUAUUUAAGGUAAGUAGAAAAAGAGAUGAAAAAUACUUUGCAGCAAAAACUUAUUUCAAAUAAUUUUAUGACGAUCAUCCUCAUAAAGAAAGAUUGCUUGUAAAUAUAUUUAUUUAAAUAUAGGUUAGUCAAUGGUUUAUAAUGAAAUUACAACUCUAAAAAAUGUUGAUCAUUAAAAUAUAAUAAAAUUAUAUGAAGUGAUACAAGAAAAAGAUAAACUAAUACUAAUUAUGGAAUAUUGUGCUGGUGGAACAUUAUAUUCAUAUAUAAAAUAAAAAGUUAAAUUCAACGAUAAGCACUACGCUUAUAUAUUAAAGUAAUUAUGUGAUGCUCUAUAUGAGAUGCAUAGAUUGAAUUUUGUACAUAGAGAUUUGAAAUUAGAAAAUAUUAUGUUAGAAUCAAAAGAUUAUUUAUAAUUGAAAGUGGUUGAUUUUGGUUUUUCUGAAAUUAUUAAUGAAAAAUAAUUGAUUAGUUAAGCUGGAACACCUGGUUUUCUUCCUCCUGAAAUAUUCAGAUAAAUACCAUAUACUGCUAAAAGUGAUAUAUUUAGUUUGGGAGUAAUUAUGUAUUUGGUAAUCAUUUAAUGUCAUUAAGAUUGUUGCUGGAUAUAUGCCAUUCAAAGCACCAACUGCCACAUAGAUUUUAGAAUUAAAUAGAAAAUGUUAAGUUAAUUUUGAUAAGCAUCCUUGGUAAGAUGUUAAUCCAGAUUUAAAAUAUUUAAUUAAAAAGAUGCUUGAAUUCAAAAUUGAAGAUAGAAUAAGCUGUUUAGAAAUUCUAGAUAGUUCUUAUAUUUUACAUCAUUCUCGUCAGACAUCUGAAACAAAUUAUAAAUCUAAUUAAAUGUUAAGUGGACUUGAAUUAGAUAAAUGUAAUAGACAAUCAAUGAAAAGCAUUAAACAGUCAGAAUAAUCUAAUGAUAGAAGCAAAGAAUUUUAAUUAGAUUUUUCUAUUCAUACAAACGAUAUAAAGUCACUUUAUUAAAGAAAUUCUUAAAAAACUAAUAAAUCAAAUAGAUCAAUAAAUUCUUUAGCUAAAAAUUAAUCUUAAAAUAAGAUAUCUAGAUCAGCUCCUAAAGAAUGUUAACUUUCAAAAUUUUAGAGUACUAAAAAGGUAGAAGAUUAAGAGUCACAUAAAAGUCAAAGUAAAAAAUAAAGUUCAUUCGGAGAUGUAAUUAUAUGUAAAUACUUUGAUUAAUAUUAAAUUAGAAUAAGAAAAAAAGAUUAUAACAUUUGAAGACACAGAUUCUUUGAAAUUAGAAUAGAUUCUAUAUUUAAAAAGAUCUGGAUUAGUAUUUAAUAAAGUAAAAAGGCCAGGAAUUUAACCUUCUAACUUAGAAAACUGA